AUGGAGUUCCCCAACUUCAUAAGUCCAAUCCCAAUACAUCCCAUACUUCUGCUGUCCCUCCAAAUCCUUUCCUCCACCCUCGCAGUUUGCUACACGCCAACCGCCUCGCUAUGGCGUCCAGCAGUGCUUCCCCUCCAACUCAUCUUCGUACAUUCUAUUGUCAGUUCUGUUAAUUACAUGCGGCCAUUCUGGGCAUCACUGCUUGGCGGCUUGAGCUUCGUACUCUUCCUGCAGUUUUUCGACCUUAACCUGCUGAGCAAAUGGAGCUUCGAGCACAACGGACCAGUGGACUGGGUUCCGUCUUCAGGGAAGAAACUGAACGGGGCUACUCGUACUACAGAGGCCCAUCAGAAUUUCCACGCCAAAGUAUCAGUUAUUGACACCCUCUGGAACCGAUUCCGCUGGGGCUUCAACGUCAAUUGUGCCCUCCGGCACAUCAACACGCCCCAAGAAUCCAAAAACUGCCCGCACUUCCACGCCCAAGACCCCGAAUACACGCCCUCUCGCCCCGUAUUCCUCGCCCGGUCCUUCCUCAUCGCCGUCUGCGCCUACAUGACGAUGGACGUGUUCUCGUCUCAGCCGCCCCCGCCAGACCCCGCCACGCUCUUCGGGGCGGAUCGUGUGCGGUUCUUCACUCGCCUUGGGGACGUCACGGCCGAGGAGCUGGCCAUGCGAAUCAUGGUCACCGUCGCCGGAUUUCUUAAUAGCUACUGUCUCAUCACCGGUGUCCCGCUACUUAUGAGCUUCUUCUUCGUCGGUUUCGGCCUGAGCGAGCCACGGUUCUGGCGGCCGCUGUUUGGCUCCUUGCUCGAUGCCUAUUCCGUGCGCCGGUUCUGGGGUAACUUCUGGCACCAGAACCUGCGGCGGAUGAUGGGCGAGCCAGCUUUGUUUCUCUCGCGGAGUAUAUUGCACCUGCCUGAGGGCGGGAUCUUAGAGCGAUAUACUAAGAUCAUGGCGACGUUCUACAUUUCCGGAGUCGUGCAUGCCAUCGCGGAUCUGGCGGGGGGCCUCCCUUGGAGCAAACAGUUGACGGUAAAGUUCUUCGUAACGCAAGCACUGGGGAUUAUUAUUGAGGAUACCGUCGAAGCGGUCUACAGAGCGAUCUGUGGCAAGAAGCGGACGCCGGGCCCUCCAGCUUUUUGGAUUAGGAUUGUGGGUUAUGUGUGGCUCGCAGGAUUCUUGGUCUGGUCUACACCCAUGUGGGUGUAUCCAGGUGCUUCCAGGACUUCUGAAGGGACAAGAUCGAUUCUCCCAUAUAGCGUCAUUAACAGGGAGUGGACUUGA